AUUGUACUGGAUAAUUGCCCACAUACUUAUGUGACCCCGCUUGUACAGAGUAGAUAGCGCUAUCAGUCCACCUUCUGAACAAUUGCGCCACCUAAAUUUAUCUACCUACACUUACCCACAUUGUGGCAGGGAACAAAGCUGCAAAGCUUUGUCUCAAAUCAAACAACUAAAGUACGCAACACAAAAUAUAUGACAACUGUCUGUAAUAUUCCAGAUCUGUCAUCUUGACCCCAUCAAUAUUGAAUUCAUGAGUUUCAUACAGUAAAGUAUUGCUUAAUUUUCAUUAUAUCAUCUACCACACUAACAUGACACAAGCAUUGCUUCCUUAAGAAGGCACGAGAGCUUAUACUUCCUGGAGACUCCAAAAAUCCAUCAUACUACUUUCAAUUCUGGGUCUGAAGGACGCUGAUCCCAUGCCUCAGCAAAUCCAAAACCCCCAAAGAAAAACGAGAAGAUUUCGACCUGAGCUUGUUGAAACAUCAUCACGUACUUCCAGGGAAGUCCAUCUAGACAAUCAUCCUGGACGAGCCCAACCAGCGAGACACGAAUGCUCGGGUGUUCGCAGCAUAAAGUCAACACCAGGGGAAAAUGCUAUGGUAUUCCAUGAUGAUACAGCAGGACAACAUGACCCGGGCUGUGAUACUGCGCAAACGACAUGCUUAGCUCAGAACAAAGCAGUAGUUGAUUUACACGACUCGAACGUGCAAGCAUCGGGGGAUUCCGCUAGACUCAGCAGGCAUGCUUUUGUUGGACCGAACUCAUCCACCAAUGAAUCCGACCCUGCAAAACAAUCAAGACCCAGAAAGUUUGCACCUCAGCUCAUGGAAACAGGUAAACGCUCAUUCCGUCGAAUCCACGCCACUCAUACAACCCUCAGGGAAGGACGCAGUUUGAACGUGAUAGGAGAAAUUCCAAGCAUCACUACCGCGGUCGGCAAGGCUACACUCAACCACAGGCACAUGACACCUGAAUCCCGUUUCUCAUACAUGACCUUGCACCAGCGCCAAGAGACAAGAAGACACUCCUUUCGAAUUCCUGACCUUCCUGCAAUCCCUUCUAGCUGUAGCGAGACAUCCGAGACAUCUGAUACCCCGUCAGCACCUGCAUCAUCAUUUGUAUCACCUCACAGGCUAGAGCAAAAAAACAGUGCCAAUGUUACGGCACGAAUUGGCUCUCAGGAUGAUUGUUCCGAUUACCUCUCGGCCAUCGCAGUCAUUACAGUAGAGAAACAGUUGAAGGAACAAGCGCUGGCAGCCUUUCCAAACGAACAAGAUCACCAACCCGUCGAUCAUUUCGCUAUUGACAGAGAAGAAGAAGAAGAAGAAGAAGAAGAAGAAGAAGAAGAAGAAGAAGAAGAAGAAGAAGAAGAAGAAGAAGAAGGUACCUUCAACCAUGAGCAGUCAAGCUCUCCAGACGACAUUUCCUCUCCAUAUAUUCAUCGGCGAACAUCGUCCGCAGAUCUCACGUGGGAGCUUGAGUAUAUGCGCAGGCACAAAGAAGAAGCCGAGAUGAGUGAUCGCGCAAUGGCU